UUAAUUUUAGAAACACAUUCGCUCAAGAUGGCGCCCAAACACCUUACGGAAGCGUGCUAGGAUUAGUGCCCCGGCCUCUUGACAUAAACAUUCCAGCAUUCUCCUCGUCCUCGCAGUCCUUUUACCGCUAACCGCUUAUUUCCGCGUCAGAGAUCAGCACUGUCGAGCACACUUGUGAUUCGACAAUGGCUUCAUUCCACAUCGAUCGUCCGGUUGCGAAGCUUCGCCGUUCUGCGGUAGAAUGUCGUCUGCUACAGGCCAUUAAUUGCCGUUUGUAAACGGUCUUUACACAUGCGGACCAGUGAGUGGUAAAAACCUUUCCGUUGCUGACGAGAUGAUGUCAAGGAAGUAACACGACUGCAGUUAUCGCCACGAACCAUGCACGAUCGUUCUCGUCAAGCCGGAAGAUGCUAUGCGGCCUAGUGCAAGAUUCAUUUUCCGUUAUGGAUUGCCAUUUAAAAUGUUCAACGAUGACCAUUUGUUGCCGUGAAUUUUGACCUAGUAUGUUGCACCGUUUUAGCUUUACAUCAUACUAGCAUCUCCAGUUCGAUUAUUUCACAUCCUUCUCCCCCAAGAUCAACUUCAGCAUACAAGCCCUUAGAAGGCACCAGCUUGAAUGAAGAGUAUAUCUGUUGCCAUCUUUUUUUAGAGAUGCUAGGCACUGUGGGUGAUAACCCAGUGUACAAUGCACAUCAUGAAAGGCAGUUUUGGGGAAUCUGCCUCGCGAGGCAGUCGUCAUUAGACCUUCAUCCUCAGCGGACCUUCACCCGUCAAGAAAUCAAAAAGCACAACACAGAAGUUGGCUGGAACCAGUGGGUCACACUACGUGGUAAUGUCUACGAUGUCACGGCUCUCAGGGAGCACUUCCUCGACUUCAUACAACGGAAGAAAGAAGCUUGUGCCACGGAAAAAUCUCGGAGGGUCGAGAGGGACGCCUUUCGUGACUCAGACGCGUGUGGUGUUACGCCGAGAGGUUUUGGUUCAGAGAAAGGAGCUGGAUUCUGCCCUCAGAAUGGAAACAACGACUGCAGAGGAAACGGAAAGUACUCGUGGAGUCCGAAGAACGCGACACUGACGUUCUGCAGGAAGGGAGAAGACAACAGCAUGCAAAAUGAUAUCCAUGCUGAGCUCCGUGAACAUCCAGGUGUCUGUGGGACGAACUCAAGCAAUCUCUGGAACCGUGUGCAUCCCAGCGUUGACCAGCUACAACGGGAGCGAUAGCGACAUCGAUACCAGCGAGGACGACGAAAAUGAUGACUGCCUAGCCGAUGACGAAGAUGACAGCGACAGAGGUAUUUGGGCUACCACUGAUAACAACCAUGGCGAGGUCAUCGAUGGUGACGCAGCCGACAGCAGAACCGACGCCAUACUACCAAACGUCCCUUCAGUAUUGCACCAUGACGUCAUAUCGGCGCUACACAAGAGCGGGCUGACAGAUUCGGAAAUGGAAGCGGAAAUGCGCCCUUACCACAUUGGUGUCAUCGAGAACGUGCCCAGCUGGCGCUUUUGGCAGAGUUUCCGGGCUGAUGUCAUGGGUCUCAUCGGCGAUCUGAAUGAGCAGGAGACCAAUGGCAGCCUGGGACAGUACGAGCGAGAAUAUCUGACCCAGCUACAAAGGUGGCUUCGGAAGUACAUUGAUAUCGACCCCCCUGUAAAACCUCAGCACGUAGGAGAUCCUAACACUAGCGUCUUUGUGCUUCCUGCAGAUCCAUUCUCGCUUCGACAGUGGCUUGAAGACUGGGAACCCUUCGAUACCAGCUUGCCCAAGACGGGCGCCUGGCAGGUAGCGGAGCAGCACGACCUGUCUCCUCUCGCCAGUGCUGACGAAGUCUUCGCAGCUUCACUUCGCGCGCACUUCUCGCAAAGCGGUGGGUUCCACUUUGAUAUUGCAGGAGAAGCGGCCUGGGACGUUUUGCCAUCUGACAUCAUUUCCAACGACCAGAUGACUGUCAAGCAACAGGCUGUGCACGACUCUCGUAUGCAGCAGAAAGACCCGUGCAACCCAGAUCGCAUAUGCAGACGUCGAGCAAAGCUGGGCGCAUACUUCAGACACAAAUAUAAAUUAUCAGAGGAUGAAAUGAUGAAGUUUUUGCGAUGGGCAGACAUUAUGGAGAAAAAUAAAAACGAACUAGACGAGCUUUGUGUUUCCGAUGCACAAGUGUGUGGUUGUAUUGAUGAAUUAAAUCUCCAAUGCCCUGAGGUCACAGCGUUGUAGUGUUUGGUGGUCGCUUGAUCCAGAUGCAUUCCUCACAUUUUUAUGAAGACAUCCUUCAAUACAUAUGAGUUUUCUGUAGUUGGUGUUCAGGUAUUCACUAUUGUUUUAUAUGGGUUUUUUUCGCAGCAGAUGAUUGAACCACCAUGAGGAGAUUCAGGGCUAAUUUUAUACAGGCUACAAUUGUGUCUUUGGUUUGUUACUUGGGUGUAUUAUAUCAAGGUGCUUCCUAAUUCCUCAUAGCUUUAGCUGAUCAAUUUCAUUGAAGGCUUCGCUAAUAUACGUUGGUUUUUCCCCACAAGAUCAGGGCUUUAUCAAGUUAUACAUUCCAGUUUAUUUGCCACUAUGACCUCAUUUGCACUGAUAAUUUUUUUCAGACUUUAUACAUUUAUUGGCAAUUCCUUAUGUCAAAGCAUGUACAUUUGAAGUGUUAAUCUCCUGUGAUUGGUUUUUUGUUCAAAAAAAUAUAUAAGAAAAGCACUAUAUGUCACAGACAUUACACCUUUCAAAUGAUACUGACCAUUGGAGAUGAAAUUGCUGACAUACCUUCAGCACGAGUGAUCUUAGACUAGUAGCUGAAAAAUGAAUCACAAGUAAGAUUAGAAAAGUUGUUGGGGUGUCUGUUGGUUAUCAUAGACCACCCUCCAGUUCCCAUCCAUACCACAUGCUGAUCAGAGAUGCAAACAUUUCAUUAGAAACUCUUUCUCACUUUGGUAACAGUAGAUACAGCUUUUUACAUAUAUGCUGAAAUGCACAAAAGGGGAGUCACACAUCAUAAUACAUCUAGCUAUUUUUUUAAGGGUGUAUAUAGGAGUGUAGAAAGAGAGAGGGAGUUAAGAUAGAUCCAACAGCUUACAUUAACUGCUAAACUCCAUAUGCCAGUUAGCCAAUCCACACAGCUAUGUAUCCUAGCUUCAGAUUUUAUAGCCAAUAUUUCAUAGCUCAUUCCUGGGUCAUGAAAUUGUAACCAAGGACAACUUUUCUCAAAACUUUAUUAUCUGCAGAAAAUGUAAAUUUACAUAAAAAAAUAUCAAAACAUAUCAGCCUGAAAUAUAAUUAGCAGAAAAAAAAAACUUUUUAUAGUUUGAAAGACAGGAAAAGAAAUGAAUAUAUAUGGAGGUGUGUGCAUGCAUGCAUACAUUCAUACAAAUGUUUAGGAGUCAUGAGGAGAUAGAAAUCCAAGUUCUUACUGAUUUUAUGAAACAAUUUACUCUAACAGACUUGAUAUGCCAUGGAUUGAGAAAAUCAAGCAAAGUGCUUUGCUACUCUAUGUUUUUUAAACCUGCAAUCUAAGUGUGAUAUUCUGAAAUAAGAUACACUUUUGGUGUUCAGUUAAAAUGAAUUAUCUUAUGCUGGAUUAUUUUUUAAUCUUGCUUUGCAAAAUGUACGCUUUUGUACUCAAAGAAGGAAGUGAUGUUGUUUUCUUUUCUGAAGCUGCUUGGAGUAUAAUACAGAUGUGUUAACUAUAAA